AUGAAGUGUGUAGUGUUCGUCGUCUCGUUCGGUGCCGUAGCAGCCGUCCUUUUCAGCGGUGCCAGCGCCGCCGUAGUGCCCGUCGUUGCCGCGGCCGUGCCCGUCAACACCAACUACGAUCCACUGCCACAGUAUAGCUACGCGUACAACGUGCAGGAUGCACUGACCGGCGACAGCAAGAGCCAGCAAGAGACUCGAGAUGGCGACGUCGUACGAGGUUCCUACUCGCUGGUCGAACCGGACGGCACGCUGCGCACCGUCUUCUACACCGCCGAUCCGGUCAAUGGGUUCAAUGCCGUCGUCCAGCGAGGUCCUCUCGUCCCGAAGGCUGUCGUCCCGGUGGCUGCACCGGUGGCACGAGUGCUUGGUUAA